AUUAAUCGGAUUAAUCGGAAAUCGACUUACAUAUCCCUAGUUGAUCUUAGGAAUAAGGAGGAAACAGGCCAUGUAUCCUGGAAGGAAAAUGGCAAAUCCUUUGUCAAUAUUUUGUAUCCUGGUAUUACUACUAGGACAGCAGACCACAAGAAUUUUCACUCAAACAGUAUUGGAUGGAACAGGAGAAGGCUUGAAUGAAAACAGAAAACAAUUACCGGCAACCUCAACAAAGAACAACAAUGGCAAAGAUGGCUUGGCCAACAAUGAAGAGUACCACGAAGAACUGGUAGUUCAGCCAUUGGCAAAUGGUUUUGUUAACACCUAUUUCCAGUUUACAACACGCUGGCGGUACGGGAGCAAGGAAAAUUUGCACAAUACCCGUUUGAUACCCCGCCCCAUUGCCGAAAUUCUACUUUACUCUGAUGUUAAGGAGUUCCACAUUACAUUGACACAAGGUUUGUGGCGUUAUGAAUCUUGGGGUUAUCCAGUGCAAGAUGCCGCACCCGGAGCCGAGGCCUGGUCAUGGUUUGCUGGAGAAAACCUCACCGAAUCCGAUGUCGAUGAACAAUGGAAACGGGUAACAAGUACAUUUUCCGGUAUCAUCUGUGCCUCUUUGAAUUUUAUGGAUAAAACGAAUACAAUUACCCCACAAUAUGGUUUUAAGCCACAAUUUGUAAGCUCGUCGACUAAAAAUCUGACCAAACAUGUACGCUAUUCCAGUUUGCCGCGAGAAAUUGUAUGCACUGAGAAUUUAACACCCUGGAAGAAGCUGUUACCCUGUAAUAGUCGCCAUGGAUUUGCUUCAUUGCUCAAUUCCGGACAUGUACACAACACCAACUAUCAUUCGUUGGGUAUUAAGUUCCGUACAUUGUGCAACAACCAGGAUGAGUGCAUUUUGGAGUUCACGGAAUCAGCUAAUAUGGUAUAUGAUCCAAAGCUUGUGGGUGCUACAAAUAAUUUGGACUUUUCCCUAAGGCGUAUGUUUGGACAGGGCCUCAAUGGACACUGCCCGCUGGCAGAUAGCAGUAAGGUAUAUGUUAAUCUGGAAUUACCAUUACCCUAUGAAAUGACCCCUUUACCGCAAUACAAUAUAACAUCGACGAGAGGUGGACAAACCAGUCAUUAUGGUGUUUAUGACAUACAAAAACUCAAAGACCAAAAACUAUUCAACAUUGCAUGGGUAUUGAGGAAACCACAACAUCAGGUGCUUAGCCCCACCCCACCGCCGCUAUUGGCACACCGAAACAUUGUGGGUUAUGGUCAGGAGAAGGGUAAAAUCAUUACACAAAUAACCAAUAAUUAUUACAAUGAAUUGCCCAUAGUGCUACAGGAGAAUAUUCCAUGGUAUAUGCCGGUCUACAUACAUACGUUGCAAAUUAAAAAUCACAAAACAGGCGAGUUGAUACAGCCGAAUAGUCUACAAUAUCGGCCCGGGGUACAACGCACACGUCCAUACUACUUAGAGUUGGCCUUUAAAAUUCCCAGCAAAUCAUCUGUGGAGAUAUCAUUGGAUUUCGAUUAUAUAUUUCUCAAAUGGCUGGAAUAUCCUCCCGAUGCCAAUCACGGACAUUAUGUGGGAUCAAGUGUUAUAACGACCCAACUGACAAUGGCUCGCAAUUACACAGCCAUACCAUUGAGUGGUUAUCGUUUCUCGGACUCUUUUAAUGCCACCCGAAAUUCCUAUAUCCUCACCAUACGUACUGAGUCAUUGAUUUUAUCACUGCCCACCCCCGACUUUAGUAUGCCAUAUAAUGUGAUAUGUUUGGCCUGCACCGUUGUGGCACUGGCCUUUGGACCCAUACAUAGUGUGGCAACGAAAAAAAUUGUUGUCGAACAACAGGACUCGGAUGAACCGCGUUCCUUUGUUGGAAAAAUUAUGCGAAAACUUAAAAAGAAAAAUAAAAAUUCACCAACAAUUGACGGGGAGGCGGAAAAUACUCUUACAAGUAGUAGCAGUAUUGGUAGUGAGAAGGUGAAAUAGUUGCGACCAUUCGUCGUAUGUCACUGUACUAGUCUAUAUUCCAUUUCCAUGUAUUUUUUGUACUUUAGUAUUUUUGUUUUUUAAUAAAUGAGUCCUAAAUAAAAAA